AUGGACACCGAGAAGUCCGAAUACAGCAGCGGAGUGGCAGCUCGAGCAGGCCCCGGCUCCGAUGACUUUGCCACUGGCGACGGGAACGUCGUGGUAUUUGAUCCCAGGGUCGUUCGCAAGCUCAGGCGCAAAAUGGACUUCAUCAUCCUCCCAACGCUGGCUACCAUGUAUACAUUCAAUUCCUUGGAUCGAAGCAAUCUCGGCAAUGCCAAAACAGCAGGCUUGUCCAAAGACACGAAUCUGAAGGGGGAGCAGUACAAUCUGCUUCUGACGCUCUACUACGUCAUGUUCGUGCUUUUUGGUCCCGUAAUGGCUGUUUUUACCAAGGUAUGCUCGGCAAAGGUCAGUCUGCCCGCCAUGAUGUUGGCCUUUGGCAUUGCGUCCGCCACGACGGCGGUUGCGAAAGACUUCGGAGGUCUAGCCGCCUGUCGCAUCAUCGUCGGUAUCUUUGAGUCUGGGUUCCUAGCAUCAGUUGUCUUCUACCUGAGCAAAUGGUAUACUCGAGGGGAAAUCGCCUCGCGCAUUGCCAUUUUUUAUGCCGGUGCUGUGAUCGCUUCCGCUUUUGGAGGAUUAUUGGCCUUUGGAAUGUUUCAAGUCAAGCCAUCGGGCAACCUCUUCGUCUGGUCGUAUCUUUUCAUUCUCGAAGGAUGCGUGACCUGCCUGGUCGCAAUACUUGCAUAUUUCAUUCUUCCAAAGGACAUUGCGAAUGCGUACUUCCUCACUCCAACGGAGAAAGUGGUCGCAGAGAAACGCAUGCAACUCGAGUCUAUGGAGAACCGAAGUGAGAAAUGGGUUUGGUCUGAGGCCAUCAGUGAGUUCAAGACCGUCCAUGGCUGGGCGCGUGUCGUCAUUGCGUUGUCCGUGGGAAUUCUCCCCAAUUCCAGCGCCAAUUUUCUCGCCAUUAUGGUGACUCGGUUUGGAUAUUCUGUGACGAAGACCAACUUGUACACCGUGGCGCCCGCUCUGACAGCAGCUACCUGCUUACUCGUCUUUGCAUACUCAUCGGACCAUUUUCGCGAGCGUGGGUUCCACAUGAGCGUUCCUCUUGCACUGAGCCUCGUGGGAUAUGCAGUUUUGCUCGCCGUGGAUGUCGAACAUCAAAAAGGGAUCGGUUAUAUGGCCAUAUUCUUCUGCACGAUCGGGGUAAGUAAAGAGAAGAUCGUCUCUUUAAAAGGCAUGAACACUGAGAUUCUUCUCCUCUCCUAG